CAGAGAGAUGGAUAGUUUCAAUUUUAAAAAUGUCCUUUACAUCAUCGUACGGGAAUAUUUUAAAAUCCCGAUGUGUUAAUGAUGAACGAUUGUUUCCGUCUCAUUUCCGUGAACCAGACUUGCACGCACGGACGACCCGAAGGCCAGUGACAGAAAAACGGAUGUCGUUGAUCACCUGCAAGAAAUGGCAAUUCACGGCUUGGUUUUUCCUAGUUAUGAUUUAGACGACGCCAGCAUGAGCUCAUCAGGAUAAAUUUGUUCUGCAUCAGGAAAAAAGAAAGAACCUAUAAAACAGAAUUGAAUUACUGGGACCUAAGUUCAUUUACUCGCCAUCAGCCGUCUCCCUAUCAACGUUUGUUCCAAUACGAUUCGUGGGAAUUAGGAAAAAAUGGAUCGUUCAAUCAUGGUAGCGUUCUCCAUGAUGCUACUGGGAUGCUGUUACGUCCAGGUAACAUUUGGACAACACCCUGAAUCGAUACAUAACACGAAUCACAUGUCAGGCAACACUACGUAUGCUGAUCGAUCUUCUAAAUUUAUAUCGUUGUUUUCUAUCGUACGAUUCCCUAAUUCUCCGUGUACGACAUCGACUGGGCUCAAUGGAACGUGUUUCACAUCAUCUGAAUGUUCCAGCAACGGAGGCACUGCAAGUGGAAGCUGUGCGUCUGGAUUCGGAGUGUGUUGUGUCGUUACUAUCCAAACGUGUGGAAGUACAACUGCUUUGAAUAGCACGUACUGGCAAAACCCCGGCUACACGAAUUCCUACACUACUGCUGGGCAAUGUUCGCUUUACGUCACUAAAUCUUCAUCAGACAUCUGUCAACUACGGUUGGAUUUUAUUGGAUUCACGUUGGCUAAUCCUGACUCUAAUGCCAAAGUAUCUGCUGGCCAAUGUUUGGUUGACGUGUUUACAGUGACUGGCCAAUCGAACUCCGUACCGGCCAUAUGCGGCAGCAACGCUAAUCAACAUAUUUAUAUGGACAUGACUCCGGGUACGCAAACCUUUAGCUUGAAUAUGAUUCUUACUGGUACGACGACUUCUCGUCUAUGGAACAUCAGGAUCAGCCAGAUACCAUGUGGAACGUUGUACACUGCUCCUGACAACUGUUUGCAAUACUACACCGAACCGACUGGCACGUUAACUUCGUUUAAUUACCUGUACGCCACUACUCCAGUCAUCCAACAUUUAGCGUAUCAGGACUAUAACAUAUGUAUUCGCACGAAUCAGGGAUUCUGUGGCAUUGCUUAUGCUCCUUGCUCAACAACUACUACAAAUGGUGAAGCAAGUUUUGCCAUUUCUGGAACAGAUACUGCUGUGGCUGCGGUUGACUUUGCUGCAGGCACCACAUCCCUGGUAGACGCUGAAUGCGGAAACGAUUGGCUUCAGAUCCCGUGCGCCACUGAUCAGAUAAACAGCGUUUACACAUCGGCAAGCGUGGCCGCCCCAACUGGACCAACAGUUGGUUGCGUUAACAAACUGUGCGGUGUCUUUUUCAGCGCCAUAACUGCAGACACUGCCGACGCUCCAGUCUAUAGUUACACGAAGCCGUUUAAUCUGUAUUUCCAUACCGAUGCAAGCGAGUAUGGCAUGGCCUCUUCGGAUGCAAUUAGCGCAUCAACGGAAAGUUUCGGAUUCUGUCUGACUUACACUCAGCAAGCUUGUUCCAGCACGCUUUCCAAAACCAGUGGCUAAAUUAAAAGCAUCAAAUUGACGUAGUUGAAUUCUGAUGGUCACUAUAUUAACUUCUUAUAGCACUUCCUGAAGUUUAAAAAAAAAUUGUAAACCCAAAAUUUUUGAGUUUUUUGACAUUUUAGGACCUGGCAGAGCAAAACCUUUUCCAAACGCGUGCUGAAGAAUUCGAUGAUAAUUUAAUAUUUAGAAGA